GAAAAAGAAUCGAUACCCAUGUCGCCUUCUUUUAUUUUACUAUCCAUCAGUUCAUCAAAUCAGUCCCAAAAACAAAAACCCACCGCUACAAGCAUGAAAUCCGGUCAUGGGGUCACUUUUUCUCCUGUUUCUCUUCGUUUCAGAUCGUGUCUUCAAUUGCAAUGAAGCUACAAGCAUGGCGCAAGUAAAUGGGUCUUCUGAAAUGGUUCCAUUGGUGGAUAGGGAAGCGAUAAAGAUGAUGAAGUUGUUCAAUGAGAGCAGGAGAAAGCUGGGGAGUUUCCAGAUAUGCGCUGUUUGUACAUGCUGUGGUGGAGCUAAAGGUCUUUGCUUACCAUCUCCUUGUUGCUACGCAAUCAAUUGCAACAUUCCAAACAGACCCUUUGGCUUCUGUUCUUUCACUCCCAAAACCUGUAAUUGCUUUGGAUGCCAUCUCUAAAUCCUUGUUUUUCUCACGUUUUGGUUGUUUUAUUUCAGGGUUUUAAAAUAUUAUUGAUUCUGAUGCAUGUUUGAAAGUGGAGAAAGAGAAUAUCUGUUCUUUUUCAUUUGUGUGUUUAUAAAACUUCAUAGGGAGUUUGCUGUUUCCAGUUUAGCUUUUUGGCUAUCUCCAAUGGGAUUUGUCUAUAAUUUUUGUUUUUUCAAGGAAGUAGCACUGCCUGGAAAUUGUAUUAGAGCACAAGAUAUGGUAAUGAGAAAGAGGCUCAGAAUUGGCUUCCGACUGUACUAGAUUCGUCCUUAUUGA